UUCGUUCCUGAUAAAUUUCGUCUCAUUCCAAACGUUCUAGAACCCUCAAACUUUUUCAGACAGCUAUCAGAAUCCAAAGAAUCAUUUUGAUAAGGUUUCAGUAAAGAUAAUUCAGUCCAAGAAUGGCGGCGGAAUGGAUUUGCAGAGCAGUUCGAGACGGAGCCUUGGAAGGCGAGCACGCGCCGGCUCUAACAAUAAAAGACACCAUGGCCUCCCCUCUCGGCUUCCACGUCUUCACCCACUUCCUCUCUCAACAGUCCACCAAUAUCUCCGCCGCAAAAUCUCAGUCACGAGGUCUCGUCCUCGUCGCGCUUUCCCGGAGUCCCUCGUUUUACUUGGAUUUGUUGAGCAACAAGGGACUUGAUACUGCUUCGUUGAGCAACAAGAUCCGGAUUCUUGAUUGUUACUCGGAUCCUCUCGGAUGGAGGGCCCACCAUCUGUCUGAUGACAUAGCUGGUAUUUCUGGGAAUGUCAAGGAUGUAGAUGCUCUUUUCUCUUCGGUUAUUUCACUUGGAACAGGGCUUGUAGGACAAGGGAAAGAUCGCUUUUGUGUUGCAAUAGACUCGGUAAAUGAAAUGUUAAGAUAUGCAUCGUUGUCAUCAGUUUCUGGUCUGAUAAGCAGUCUUCGUUGCUGUGGCCAGAUUUCAAGCAUCUUUUGGUUGUGUCAUGCGGAUCUUUGUGAAGAAAGGGUAACUUCUGCUCUUGAAUAUAUGUCAUCUAUGGUGGCCAGCAUUGAGCCAUUAAUCCAGUUUGCAAAUGGACAAAGAAGUAAUUCAGAGAAUCUUUCUUUACGUGAUCAAAGUUUUACUAAAGGGAAACUUCAUCUCCAUUGCAAGCGUAGAAAUGGACGUGUCCGAGUCAUGUUUGAAGAAAUUCACAUUGGGCAGUCAGGCAUCAACUUUACAUCCAUUUCAUCUGAAGGCGAACUAAUCAAUCAAGGUCUUGUGCCCAAGGUGCAAUUUAGUUUACAACUAUCAGAGAAAGAGCUGAAGGAUAGGGCUAAUGUUGUUCUUCCAUUUGAACACCAAGGUAAUGGCAAACCUGUACAAAUUUAUGAUGGGCGAAAAUCUCUUACAGAUAGCAAGUAUGAGGUACUUCCCGUACAGAAUGGGAAUUCAGAUAUAGAUAAGGAGUCUAGCAAAGGAGAAAUAAUAUAUUUUCGCGAUUCAGAAGACGAAAUGCCAGAUUCUGAUGAGGACCCUGAUGACGAUUUGGACAUUUAGGGUUCCCAUUCACAAUGGUAAAUUGAUUCUCUGUGGUAUUGUUUGCAACUUUAGUUUUGACAGUCUUCAAAUACCUUCUAGAUCAACUGAAUCUUAAGUCUCAGAAUAGAGAAACUAUUCAAGUUCAAUGUUUUUGUCUGGUCAUAAUCUGGGUUGUGUAUGGUUUGGAUCUUGAAUUUCUUAUUGCUGCUGAUGCCAGUUGAUCUUGGGACCUCGUGGUUUUGCAAUUACAGCAAAGCACAAGACCACCAAGUGACCAGCUAUUUUGAUCUUGCAUUUCAUAAUUUAUGAGAAAUUAGUUUUUCUAG